AUGGUCCUACUUGCUGCAUCAAUUUGUACUAAAGCUGGCAAACCACUUGUCUCACGACAAUUUGUGGAAAUGACUCGAUCACGUAUUGAAGGUUUACUUGCUUCAUUUCCAAAAUUAAUUGGUGCAGGUAAACAACAUACAUUUGUUGAAACGGAUACUGUUCGUUAUGUUUAUCAACCAUUUGAUAAACUUUAUAUGGUCUUAUUAACUACAAAAGCAAGCAAUAUACUUGAAGAUCUUGAAACUUUAAGACUUUUUUCUCGAGUGAUUCCAGAAUAUUGUAAAACAGUUGAUGAAAAAGAAGUCUUCGAACAUGCUUUUGAAUUAUUAUCUGCAUUUGAUGAAAUAGUUGCAUUAGGUUAUAAAGAAAAUGUUAAUUUAGCACAAAUUCGUACAUAUACUGAAAUGGAUUCACAUGAUGAACGUGUGCAUGAUGCUAUGAGACAGUGUCAAGAACGAGAAGCAAAAGAUCGAAUGAAGCAAAGAGCCAAAGAACUUGAUUUACAAAAACGUGCACAACGUGCUGGUGGUUCGAAAUCCUAUGGAAGUUCAACUGGCAUAUCAUCAAAUAUGUAUAGCAGUUCAUCAACGGAUAAUAAACCUGAUAUAACACCAACACCAGUAACUUAUCCAACGAGUAGUACAACAUCGGCUAUUCGCCCAAGUACAACAGGCAAAGCCAUGAAAUUAGGUACAAAAGGAAAAAAUGUUGAAACAUUUGUUGAUCAACUUAAAUCGGAAGGUGAAAUCGUCGUCAAUACUGUUCCGGUAACAUCAGGGGCUGGUGGAGCAGUUGCUAAACAUAAAACACAAAGUGUAUCUUUACCAGAAAAUGAAAAAGGAGAAGUUCAUUUAAAACAAGAAGAAAAAUUAACUGUACGUUGUGGUCGUGAUGGUGGCUUAGAAAAUUUAGAAGUUCAUGGUAUGAUUAUGUUACGUGUUAAAUCCGAACAAUAUGGACGUAUUCUUGUGGCUGUUGAUAAUAAGGAAUCAAGAAAUAUUCAAUUACAAACACAUCCCAAUAUUGAUAAAAAAUUAUUUACUAAUGAAUCAUUAAUCGGUUUAAAGAAUGCAGAUAGACCAUUUCCAGUUAAUCAAGAAGUUGGCGUACUUAAAUGGCGUUAUACAUCAACUGACUCAAAAGAAAUUCCACUUACAAUUAAUUGUUGGCCCAAUGAAACACCAAAUGGUGGUUGUGAUGUUAAUAUUGAAUAUGAGUUACAAAAUAGAAAUCUCGUCUUAAAAGAUGUACAAAUAAGUGUGCCGUUACCGAGUGGUGGACACACACCAGUUAUUGGAAAAAUUGAUGGCGAUUAUCAAUUUGAUAAUCGAAAAACAACAUUAAUAUGGACAUUACCUGUUAUUGAUCAAUCAAAUUCUGAAGGAUCAUUAGAAUUUUCAAUUCGAGGAAAAUCGGCUGAUUUUUUUCCAAUUCAAGUUGAUUUUGUAGCUGAAACAUCGUAUUGUGAUAUUAAAAUUGCUGAUGUUAAAUCUGUUGAUGAUCGUAAAUCAGUUACAUAUUCAAGUGAAUCACAGCUCAUCGUCGAUAAAUAUGAAUAUGUUUAA